AUGCAAUCUUGUCCUAGCGGGGGGUGUCCCAAACCCAAAUACCUAAACUUUGGUGCGAACACCAGAGCCCCGCACCAGGCGGCGCGACCACUACAGUAUGUUAUCUCCUCGCUCACCGCUCCCCGUAUUCGUCGUGGCUAUCCUAGAGGUCGCAUCUGCCAUCGCGGGGACACCAUCGACGACUCUAAGGGAGCAUGACGCUGCAACCGCUAACUCCAACUAUAGUUUAUGAGGCCGCAUGGUACACGGGGGCUACGGAUGCUACAUACUCGCCGCUCGAGCGUUUUUUCAGUAGUAGGGUAAGAAACCGAGAGGAAUUCUAUGAUAUCAUGCCUAGGUUACAGAUUAUUCCGCCGCACUUCACCGUGGUCAACGCCAGGGCUACUCCGGAAGCGGUAGGGAGUGCUCCGACCACCUAUUUCCUUGCCAACGCUAUGAAGAUAUUAUCGGAACUGUCGAAGGAAGAGACAAUGUCAGGCUCCUGUAUGCGGGGGCCAGAAUUCACGAUUUCUCCCUUGCUCUUCCUAUUAACAUAAUGGACGAAACAAUACUAGCAUAGGGGUAGGGCCAACACGGCAAGAAAUCGGGGAUUCCGAAGGUCAAGCAGCCCAAGGGCUUGGGAGAAAGCUCACUUGCCCGGACAGGCGGUGGAUUCUAUUAUAUAGAAGGGACCUUUCGCUUGUAGACCAGCAUGAGAGUUAG